AUGAAGGGCAUCUCGCUCGAGCAGCUCGACCAGUGCGCCCCGUGCACGUUGACUGGCGACACCGAGGAGGACUACGAGCCGCUGCGCACCCCACCGGCAACGCCGGACGAGACGGAGCCGACCAUCGUCUUCCCGCACUCGUUCGAGGUUGGCUCCGCCGAGCUCCGCGAGUGGCUCACCGGUCGUAGCUCGAACGCAAGCCAUUCCACGGACGACUGCGACGCCCGGUGUUUUGGGUUUCUUCAAGUGCACGGCGUCACGUUGGGCAAAAGCGUCCACAUCAAACUCAUGCCUCGCUGGGCUUACCGAUCCAUCUGGUGCUCGGACGAGCGGGUGCUUCACUGCCUUCCGCCGUACUGUGAGCUCCUAUCGGCGCAGGACGUGCGCGAGAGCGUCUCGGCUGACGUCGAUCUGCUGGACCAGAUCGCUUCGAGCAUCUCGGCUGGCACCGAUCGCGGGGCGAGGCUGCGAAAGCUGCUCACUUACGCCGGGAGGAACAGCUCGCGCUUCCGAGGAAGGCUGAUUCGGGCCUACGGGCCUCCACAGGAGGGCUUCUACGUGCGUGGCGUGCAGGCGCUCGCUCUGUCGAUGUGGGCCGAGUAUGUGGGCGCGUCCGUCUUUUUCGCGCGCGGCUGGGCGUCGGAUCGCUACUACUCGCCGCAGCUGGGCGAGUCGGCGUGGGAGCAGCACUUUGAGCCGCCCUUUGGAGUGACGACCGGGCAGGUUCGCGUGGGCCGCGGCUGCACUCUCGAGCUGUCCUGCAGCGCCCUGAAAUGGCUCGCGUUCGACUGGGGCGGGCAGCAGGCCCUCUCCGGCCCCGGCCGGGGCAUCUACCCCACACAGCUCGGCGACACCGGCGCGACGACGCACCGCCUGCUCUGCGCGGCGGCGGCGAGCGCGUUCGUGCGGCCGCGGCUGCCCAUACGCCGCGAGGCGUCGGCUCUGUGGCAGGACAUGACCCUUGGCGGCCACAACUCGACUGGGCGCCCGGUCGUCCUGGGCGUGCACUUGCGAGGCACAGACAAGAAGGCGUCGAUUGGCGGCCGCAUCGUGCAGCCCGCCGAGUACUUUCCGUGGAUCGACGCCUUCUUCGCCAAGCACGAGCCGAGAGCAGGCCGCGCCCUCCUCUUCCUCGCCACCGACGACCAGGCCUGA